UGUUUUGUCUUUGCACAAGAAGAUAGGCAAGGUGAUAUUUCCUAAAAAGAACCUAAGAAAGAUCCGUAGCUGUCGUUUUAUGCAUUUCAUAGCAUAGACUGCCGUGUGGGGGUGUGAAUGUGAUGGCUCAUGACAACACCCCCAUCAUCCCUGAUUCUUCUCAAAGCCUUCAUACAUAUCCAUCUGUCCCUCUCUAGCUACCAUCGCUCACAACGACAUAGCCAAAUCCUAAUCCCCAAACCCAUCCAAUCUCUCUCCUUCUGAGAGCCCAGCAAUCGUUCAAGAUCAGCCUUUUUCUCGUUUCCCACUUGUGUCCCAAAAGAGAAAGAUUAAUAAAUUGCUUCUGGGCCAGAGAUUCGAGCUUCAUUGUGUUGAAGAAUGAUGAAGCUCAAGAAGAAUUCGUGGCAUGAAUUAUCUUUAGGAUUUGGAAUCUGGGAAUGUUUUCUUGGUGGGAAAAGGUGCGGAAAGUGAGAAUUUUUAGUUUAAUUUAAAAGUCGGAGAAAAGAAAAAGCGAAAGAGCAAAGAAGGCAAGCCCAAAAGAUCAAAAUUCGAAACACCCACAAGUGGAAUCGGCAAGAUGGCGAGUGUAGUUGAGCCUCCGAAUGGAAUUAGGCAAAGAGGGAAGCAUUGCUAUUCAAUGUGGCAAAGUUUGUUUGAGAUAGAUACCAAGUAUGUGCCGAUCAAGCCGAUAGGCAGAGGGGCCUAUGGGGUCGUGUGCUCUUCCAUCAAUAGGGAAACAAAUGAGAAAGUUGCGAUCAAGAAGAUCAACAAUGUGUUUGAGAACCGCAUCGAUGCGCUGAGAACGCUGAGGGAGCUGAAGCUUCUUAGGCAUAUCCGGCACGAGAAUGUGAUCGCUUUGAAGGAUGUUAUGAUGCCGAUUCAUCGGACGAGUUUCAAGGACGUGUACUUGGUUUACGAACUUAUGGACACGGAUCUUCAUCAGAUUAUUAAGUCAUCGCAGCCGCUUUCGAAUGAUCAUUGCAAAUAUUUUCUUUUUCAGUUGCUUCGCGGGCUUAAGUAUCUUCAUUCAGCAAACAUCCUUCACCGGGACUUGAAGCCUGGGAAUCUCCUCGUGAAUGCUAAUUGUGACUUGAAAAUAUGUGAUUUUGGGCUGGCACGAACCAGUGGAGGCAAUGGUCAGUUCAUGACAGAGUAUGUUGUCACACGCUGGUACCGUGCACCAGAGCUCCUCUUGUGCUGUGACAAUUAUGGAACCUCCAUUGACAUCUGGUCUGUAGGAUGCAUCUUUGCUGAAAUUCUUGGCCGGAAACCAAUCUUCCCUGGAACUGAGUGCCUCAACCAGCUGAAACUGAUUAUCAAUGUUCUUGGCAGCCAACAGGAAGCUGAUCUUGAGUUCAUUGACAAUUCAAAGGCCAGGAAGUACAUAAAAUCACUGCCCUAUUCAAGGGGGACACAAUUUUCCCGUUUAUACCCGCAGGCCGAUCCUUUAGCUAUAGACCUGUUGCAAAGGAUGCUUGUGUUUGAUCCAACUAAGAGAAUUACCGUCACUGAAGCCCUCCAACACCCUUACAUGUCAGGGCUGUAUGAUCCAAGAUGCAAUCCUCCUGCUCAGGUCCCAAUUAGUCUUGACAUUGAUGAAAGUUUGGGGGAACAGAUGAUUAGGGAGAUGAUGUGGAACGAGAUUCUGCUUUACCAUCCUGAAGCUGCUUCUGCCCAUGCAUAGGUACUGCAAAAGCUUCCUUUGACCUUGUUGUGUUGUAUAAUGUCUCUGGAACAAGUUCCAUUGUUCCGUAGGGAAACAUGCCUUUGAGAAAUGUGCUAUUAAACUUAAGGACUGCACCAAGAUUUUGUUUUACUUAUUGUUUAUUAGUUCAAGUUCUUUGAUUGUGGCAUCUUGUAACUUGUAAAUAGUUGAAACUUGAAACUAUUCCUUUUAAUCUAAAUCUC